AGGGUUGAUUGGAGUGGCAUUGACUCGCGUACAAAAGCAUAUGAUGAUCCAAUCAAGACAAAAGGACGCAAGUGCGUGCUGCUCACUCUCCAAUGAAUGAUGAUUUCGAAACGGUGACGUUGGAGCGUGUGACACACACUCUGAUUGAGGCAUUGUGAAAGGUAUUAGAAAAUGUGCUUGGGAAAGAAGGCUAAAAAUAAAAUCGAAGUUAAUAGUGAGAGUGUCAGAAGUUAGAGGAAAGUGAACGUGCAGCAUUUGGGCACAGAUCUGGAUCCGCUCAAAUCACCCAAACCAAUUCCCCAACACAUCAACACUCCCACUUGUUGCUGCGCCUUCCACAUAGAGUGAGUUUUUGAGCAGUGAGUGAGAGAAAGAAAAAGGAAAAGGAAAUAUAGGGAUAUAGAUACAAGACAGACAGGAUAUAGUAUUAUUAUAGAGAGAGAAAGGUCUUCACUUGACUGUGCUCAGAACACCAUAAAAACAUUGCAGGAGCUAGUGGUGAAGUAAUUGAUGGUUGUUCUGUUGCUCCUGCAACUUCUUGCAUGUUCAUCUGCUUUGUGUGUGGUAUGGGCUUUAUUUUAGUGAAGAUUGACCACUACUGUGUGUGCGGCCAAGAGGAAUAACUAAGUUAUCCUUUCAUGGGAAUGGGUGCUCUCCGUUAGUCUCCUUUUUAAUCUACCACACGAGAGUACUCCUUUUGCACUUCGCUUUCUUGAUUUUCCUUUCUCUUUUUUUUCUUUAACUUGCUUUUAUUGGGCUUGGCAGGAAUAUGAGAAAAAAACACAACACUUUGCUCCACUCAUCUCUGGUUUGGUAGGUAAAGCUUGUGUGUGGGUGAGAAAGAAACUUUACUUGUAGUAGGGGCAGAAAGAUAGAGAGAGAAAGAGACAAAGAGAAUAUAGAGAAACACACACUCACCUCACCAACAGGAAAAACAAAAGUUAAGGAGUCUUUUAGGGAUUGCGUGGUGGUUUGUUUGUGGAAACUAAAGAGAGUAUUGCUUUCUAAGCAUGGAUGGUUAUGAAGCUACAAGGAUUGUGUUUUCAAGGAUCCAAAACUUGGACCCUGAAAAUGCUUCAAAAAUAAUGGGUCUACUUCUGAUUCAAGAUCAUGGUGAGAAAGAAAUGAUUAGAUUAGCCUUUGGUUCAGAAGCCUUGGUUCACUCAGUGAUUUUCAAAGCACGCAAGGAGUUGGGGUUGUUGCCUUUGAACUCUCACUGUCACUCUCCUUGUACACCCUCCACACCUUCAUCUGCAUCCCCUUUCCUUUCCACCAACCCUGUACCUAUUUCAAGGCAAAAUUCCAACACUUCAAGGGUCAUAAACAGUGGUAUGACACUUCCACCUACACUCAGUAUUCCAAAGCCUUCUACUACUUCAGCUUCAUGGGCUAGUACUCUAUCUGAACUUCAAAACCCUGAUGAUAGUUUGAUGAGCCCCAGCAACUUGGUUGUUGGAUCUUCUACUUCCAUGAACACUUCAUCUUUCUAUGGAAAUGGAGGGUGUGAUCCAGUGGAUGAGUAUCAACUUCAAGACCAGCUCUCUUUCUUAUAUGAAGGGUCACCCUCCCUUGUUUCAAAGAACUCAGAUUUAUUCUACUCUCAGCCAGAGUUAUCUUCUAGUCCUACUAAUGGUGGUGACCCUUCUCUCUUUCCAUCGUAUGGGUGGGGAGGGUCACUUCAUCGUAGGAGUUGUUCAGUCAAUGAUGCUUGUUUAGGGUCUGAGGACCCAAAUUCUGGAUUGGGGUGGAAGCCUUGCCUUUACUUUGCAAGAGGAUACUGCAAAAAUGGGACUAGUUGUAGGUUCCUUCAUGGAGGAGGAAUUGGAGACGCUGAGGGUGCUGCAAUGGUUGGGUCUCCUAGUAAGUUCGAAAUGAUGGACCAGUGUCAUGAACUCCUCAGAUCUAAGAGUGUUCAGCAGCAAAGAUUGGUUGCUGCUUCUCAACUCAUGGCAUCUUCUUCUUUUCCAUACUCACCAAAGUGCAUGAAUUUACUGCUGCAGCAACAAAGUGAUACCCAGAGAGCUGCUGCUGCAGCUGCUCUUAUGAUGAAUGAGGAUUUACAUAAAUUUGGACGAUCUAGGCUAGAAAGGAGUGAUUUUUCUUUGAACAGUCCUGGAAUGGUUAACCCAGCUUCUAGGCAGAUCUACUUGACCUUCCCAGCAGAUAGCACUUUCAGAGAGGAAGAUGUUUCAAACUACUUUAGCAUUUAUGGGCCUGUUCAAGAUGUGAGGAUCCCAUAUCAGCAAAAACGGAUGUUUGGAUUUGUCACCUUUGUUUAUCCUGAGACAGUGAAGCUCAUUUUGUCUAAAGGAAACCCUCAUUUUGUUUGUGAUGCUCGAGUGCUUGUUAAGCCUUACAAGGAGAAGGGCAAAGUACCUGACAAGUACAGAAAGCAGCAGCAGCAGCAAAUUGAUAGGGGUGAUUUCUCACCUUGUGGCACACCUACUGGACUCGAUGCUAGAGAUCCAUUUGAUCUCCAAGUUGGUGGGAGAAUGUACUACAAUGCUCAAGAUAUGCUGUGGAGGAGGAAGCUAGAGGAACAAGCUGACUUUCAACAAGCCCUUGAGCUCCAAAGUAGAAGGCUUAUGGGUCUACAACUUAUUGACAUAAAAAAGCAACACCAUCGUGCACUUUCCACAGGAAGUCCAAUUCCUUCUCCCACCCACUCUCCUAACCUUUUCAAUCAAAAUCUUGGUCUUUCAUCCUUUCCCAGCAGCAGCUCAGAGAGUCAAGAGGAGAGUGGUUCAGGUUCUGCUCCCACAACCACUGCAUCAAUUCCUGUUGAUGUCAACAUUUAUACGGGCAAGGAAGUUGCAGCAGUCAAUGGAGAGAAUGGAAACAAUGGCAAUGGCAAGCAGAACUCAAGUCACGAAGAUCUUGAAUUACAAGAAUGCUUGGAGCAUAAUCUCCCUGAUAGCCCUUUUGCUUCCCCAACAAAGGCUAUUGGAGACUACAUGGCUGCCUUCACCAAUGGACCUAAUGAGGCCAUUGAUUCAGAUGCCUCGGCUGCAUCUGCCAAAACUAAAUUUAGUACUAGCACUUUACUUCCAACUGCAUCUGCUCUUGACAUGGGCACCUUCAAAUCCUUUAACUGCCAAAUACCAAGGUUCUCUUCCGGUGGAUCCAUCGGAAUGUUUGCUGGCACCGGUGGGCCAAUUGGUAUUUAGAAUUUAGUUUCUUUUGGUUCAGGAAGAGAACCAUGACUAAUCAAUCCCUGGACAUGAAACAUAUCUUGUAGAGAAUCACCACCAUUGCGGCCAUCACCAUCAAUCAUCAAUACUAUACUACUUACUACCAUACAAAAUGCAUACUUAAAAAGCAGUUCAGUAAAGGAAGUGGGACAGCCAUUCGCUUUCUUUUGUUAUCAUUAUUGUACGAUUUUCACUUCUCAAUUUCUGUAGUAAGGUGAACCACAGGUAAAAAAAAAAGAAAAAAGAGAAUUAAAAAUAGCACAGAAUCAAGUGUCAAUGUGUAGUAGUAACACCUGUCACUGUAAUACCCCUCCCCCCUUCUCUUCAUUUACCCAUGUUGGAUGUAUUAGUGGUGUUCUAUGUUUAGAGGGAUAAUUUUGUCUUUGUACAGCUGAAGCACAACAUAGCAGAAGCAUGCAGAGGAAGAAGUGGUAAAAGGAAGAAGAGUUUUAUAACUACAUGGCUGUUUCAAAUUCAAAUAUGAUAAGUAAUUGAAAUUUGAAGACAAGGAGUGAAGAGGGGGAAAGGUAUAUUUAUUAUUAGUCUUUGGUGGGUUAUUGAAGUUCAAAAAGGAGAUUUUCUAGCUCUAUUUUGUGUUUUAGCAGUGUCUGUACUCCUUAUUUAGUUGUUAUACACAGUUACCAACCCCCUAGAAUUAUCAGACAGAGAAGAGAAAGAUUUAGAAAGAAAAAGCAGAAAGCAAAAGUGAGUUUAAGACUAAUUGGACACUUUUCUUGGCUAUCUUUAUUUUAUUUUAAUUUUUUGGGCUCCUCUGCUGUGCUUGUUCUGAAUUUUAAAGGAGAAUUUGUCUUUGUUCCUGCAAUUAUUAAUUUGCAAAUUGGUGGGUAGUGGGGUCUGUCUUUAUUUUUUGCCAUUAUUGAAGGGGGAAAUAAGGCAGGUCCACAAUGCACACACCCAUCACAUGGGGUUGCUGACACUGCAAGUGGGCCUCUCUCGUUUAUAAAACGCCAGGCUAUGUGUGGGUUCCACCCACCAAUACCCACCCCAUGUGAGUGAUACCCACUUUCUCUCUCUUGGAUAUGUAUCAUCUCUCGCUGCCCCUCUUGUUUCUCUUACUGACAGGAAAGGACAUGCAAAAAUCUAUUUAAAAGUCGAUGUAGAUGCCCACAC